CCAAAAAAGCGAGAAAAGCCGACAAAACCCGUUCUCUCAGUAGGGGACACCUUGUUUGUUGCCGCGGCCCUCAUCCCAGUGUUAGCGGGUUUUCCACGGGUAAAGAAGACGGAUCGGAUUUUCAGUACCAACUAGAAAGUCCAGUUCGACCGACCGAGAUGUCACAGGAGCAUGACAAUAAACGUGCGGUCCUGGUUCUCCAGAACGAGCCAGGUUAUGGCGGCCAGCGUCGCUCCUUCACCACAGAAGACGAAGCCUGGAAGUCGUUUCUGGAGAACCCACUGACAGCUGCCACCAAGGCCAUGAUGAGCAUCAAUGGAGACGAGGACAGCGCCGCAGCUCUCGGCCUCCUCUAUGACUACUACAAGGUGCCCAGGGAAAAGAGAACAAUACCCCAGAGCAAGCCAGACGCACUGGUCUCUGAUGUGGAUCCCAACAAAAGACAUCAGAUCCAAGCUGGACACUCCAUAGCUCAAAUCCAGGAAGCUGGUAUGGAGAACAGGAUCCAGGUCCUGAAGGGGCCCUUUAAUAUUCUUCAGCUUGCCCCGGAAAAGAGAGCCCAGUUCCCUUCGCCAGACACAACCGUCACAGUUUCCAUUGCUGCCGUGCCAAACUACCCGCCCGUCAAGACCGAGGUGCCCACCCACGGCUUCUCAGUGACCGUGCCAAACAACUGUGCCGAAACCGACGGCCAUGUGGGCGUCUUUGACCGCCAGCUCACCCACGGCGCCGUCCAGUUCAGCCCCAGCACUCACUCCCGCACGCCCCCCGACUCCACCUUCUCCGAGAGUUUCAAGGAUGGUUCCCAGGAGGUGUUUUCCUUCCCAGGAGAUCUCCAGUUACGUAUGGCCUCCAUGACGCCCGAGGACUACACUCAAUUUAACACCGUGCCGGGGAAUAAUUUUGAGUACACCCUUGAGGCAUCCAAGUCUCUGCGUCAGAAGACAGGUGAUGGGACGAUGACCUACCUGAACAAGGGCCAGUUUUACCCAAUCACCCUCAGGGAGAUUGACAACAAAGGCAUGCAGCAACCCAUCACCAAAGUCAGGAGUGUAGUGAUGGUGGUGUUCGGAGAGGAGAAGUGCAGAGACGACCAGCUGAAACACUGGAAGUACUGGCACUCCAGACAGCACACUGCCAAGCAGAGGUGUCUCGACAUCGCUGAUUACAAGGAGAGCUUCAACACCAUUGGCAACAUUGAAGAGAUUUCUUACAACGCCAUCUCCUUCACCUGGGACACCAAUGAGGAGGCAAAAAUCUUCAUCUCCGUCAACUGUUUGAGCACAGACUUCUCCUCUCAGAAGGGGGUGAAGGGUCUUCCUCUGAACCUGCAGAUCGACACCUACAGCUACAACAACCGCAGCAACAAGCCUAUCCACCGCGCCUACUGCCAGAUCAAGGUCUUCUGCGACAAGGGAGCAGAGAGGAAGAUCCGAGACGAGGAGAGGAAGCAGUCCCGCCGGAAAGGGAAGGUGGCUGAGCUCAACCCUAGCCUGAACUUUGUGGAUGUCAAAGUUCCCAUCCUCCAGAAACGCAACGAUGUGACCAUCUUCAAGAUGAUGACUGACCAUGAGACCCAGCCUGUGCUUUUCAUUCCUGAUAUUCACUUCUCUACCUUCCAGCGCCAUCCUUUCUCGGCAGAAGAGGGAGAAGACAGCUCGGCCAUGAAGAGAUUACCCUUCAGCGAUGACGAGUUUGGUUCGCCCCCAAACAAGAUGGCAAGAGUGGAUGAACCAAAGAAAGUCCUGCUGUACGUGCGCAAGGAGACAGAGGAGGUGUUUGACGCCCUCAUGCUGAAGAAUCCCACGCUGAAAGGCCUGGUAGAAGCUAUUUCAGAGAAGUAUGAGUUACCUCUGGAUAAAGUUGGAAAGGUGUACAAGAAGUGCAAGAAAGGUAUUCUAGUCCACAUGGACGACAACAUCAUCAAACACUACUCCAACGAAGACACCUUCCAGAUCACCAUGGAGGACUUGGGCGGCAUGUACAAACUCACCCUCACUGAAAUCUGAUUGGUUGGGAGGAGGUGAUGCCAUCCUGAGUAGAGGGGUGGAGGACACAAGGAGCCAUCAUGAGAAGUGGUUUACACGUUUAGCUACACAGUGAUUAUGGACUCUGGAUCUGACAUUGAAAUCAUGUUGUCACUGUGCUAUAUUAGUGUCAAACAGUUUUUAAACACAAAGUCUCAAAAGAUGUAUUUAAAAAGCCAUAGCUCUUAAUGGACAACAAUGUUGAUUGGAGACAUAAGUUAUACAAUUUGCUUAACUUCAAAACUUUUCUUGCGCAUGAGAAUUAACAAGUGAGGACACAUCUGAUUGUUGUGACACCUUUGUUUUCUGUCUGGUGAGAAUAUGAGUUGCACCUCAAAUAUUGGUGCCAUUUUUUGUAAAUUAUGUUUGAAAUGUGCCGAGUGAUUGUGGUGCUGCUAUACCUCAUGCUUUGCAAGCAGCAUUGUUUCUCAUAUAUUGGAAUUUUAUCAGGAGAAACAGCUCAUUUUUGGGUAUUUCGCGCACAAAACGAAGACAGCAAAUUGUUAAUGGAGCAUCAGUGAUUCACUGUAUUAAUGCUAAACAACACGGCAGUAUUUAGUGUGUAAAACUUUCUUCAACCAUCAUACAAUUAGGGUAGAAUAUUGUAAAUAUUUGUUGUAUUUUUUAGCAUAGGAUACGUGUUGUUUGUGAAUGAAAUGGCUUGAAAGAUCUCUUUCCUCAGAUCAAUUUAAAUAAUGGCCUCUUUGUAAGUAUUAAACAGCUAUUAAUUAUAUUGAUAAUAAUUCUAAAACACAGCUAGAGUAGUUUUCUGAAUGUUGAUGAAAUAGGUCAAUGAAUGUCUGGGACAGUUUAAAUGAGAUUGUUCUGGAAGUGCAAUAUGAUAUUUAGGUUCCAACACAUUCAGAAAAGAAAUUCCUCUAUUGCCAUAAGCACAGUAUAUAAAUUAACUGAUAAAACAGAUUUUUAAAUGGAAAUAUUGUUGUAUAUAUCCACUGGAAAAAAAAAGGAUCUAUAUGAUCCCUCCUUUUGUAUCUCAGUACUUAUUGUGUAUAUAUUUAUUAAGAGAAUGGAUGUGGGUCAUUGUUUGUUUCUUUUUUUCUUUUUUACCAUAUAUAUCUAAAUUUCUAUUAUUCCUAAUAAUAUAAUGUUUUUUCCUUUUUAUAUGAAGUUAUUCUAACAUUACAUGUCAAGGGACAGAAAGUUUUGUUUUUAAUUGAUGUAUUUUUUUGUAAAAGACUUGAUGCACAAAGUGCAUAAUAAAAGAUCUUCAGCA